GUACUUUGUCUUUCAAAAUGUUUUUAAGCACUUGGGCUCUUAAAGAUAAAUAUUUGAACAGCAUCGUCUAGCAGUUGAAAUGACCUCUGUGUAUGCCUGUUGGCUGUGUAUCUCUGGUGGUGGACAGUGAGGUACAGAGGGUGAUGGUGAGACUGGAAGUCCCUCACCCCUUGCCAUCAAGGAUACCCUCUAUGCAGGUACCCCUACAUUAGCCAGAUUGGAUGUAUGUAAAAAGAGGCAUAGGUAUAUCUGGAUCAUGAGCUACAAAGGACUAAAUCAUAGCCAAAAUCAAGGAAAGAAGAGCCAUAGGUCAGAGUACUGAUGGUGGAGGUGAUCUGCUCUGGGAUGGAGAGUUGAGUCCACGAAGUGGUGAUGAAGUGAAAAAAUGCCACAGGGAUCUUUCUGAAGAUUAGGGUUCUUUUCAUACCAGCUUAGUGAAAAUUUUAAAAUAUGUUAAGGUGUGCUUUAAGAAGAAGACCAUAGAAAAGAAGAACACAUUUUCUUCUUGCCACAAAAAUUGCAGUAGAAAAAAUCUGUGACAGUUUGAAGGGCUGAUGAGUACUCUUAUCAUCGAAGCAUUCUAUGGAGGGUCGCAUAAACAGCUCGUGGACCUUCUCCGAGAAGAGUUGGAAAGCUGUGUUCUUUAUACUCUUCCUGCAAAGAAGUGGCAUUGGCGAGCACGGACAUCAGCUUUAUACUUCUCUCAGAAUAUUCCCAUCAGUGAGCAUUACAGGCUCCUCUUUGCAAGCUCAGUGCUUAACCUGACUGAACUGAUUGCCCUUCGGCCUGACCUUGGGAAAUUGAAAAAGAUUCUGUACUUCCACGAGAACCAAUUGGUGUAUCCUGUCAAGAAAUGUCAAGAGAGGGAUUUCCAAUAUGGAUACAACCAAAUUCUCUCAUGCCUGGUAGCUGAUGUAGUGGUAUUCAACUCGGUUUUUAAUAUGCAGUCAUUUCUCUCUUCUAUUGGGAGAUUUAUGAAGCUGAUUCCUGAUCACAGACCUAAGGAUCUGGAAAGCAUCAUCAGACCCAAGUGCCAAGUUAUUUACUUUCCCAUCAGGUUUCCUGAUGUGAGCAGAUUCAUGCCCAAGCAUAAAAUGGCCCAUUUACAAAAGAUGCUCAGCCUUCGAGGAGAUGGCAGUGCUGCUUCAUCCAUGGCCCUUCCUCUCCCUCCGGAGCAGGGAAGUUCUGAGAAUAUAUUGGAUAAUGUUGAGUCGCAGUCUGGACCUUGUGAUGCUGCACAACCAGAAAACCUGGGUAGCUCAUUAAUGCAGGAGUCAUACUCGAAAAUGCGAGACUCAUUAGAUAAUUCAAGCUCUCAUCCUGGAGAAAAGAAACAAAAUCUGUAUGACAUUUCAAGUGGAGCUGAUGAUCAACAAAGACCGUUGCACAUUGUCUGGCCUCACAGGUGGGAGCAUGAUAAAGAUCCAGAAACUUUUUUAAAGAUAUUAAUGCAUCUUAAGGACUUAGGGCUCAAUUUCCAUGUAUCUGUCCUUGGAGAAACCUUCACAGAUGUCCCAGAUAUAUUUUCAGAGUCCAAAAAGGCGCUGGGAUCAUCCGUCUUACACUGGGGCUACUUACCCAGCAGAGAUGACUAUUUCCACGUACUGUGCCUGGCUGAUGUUGUCAUCUCAACAGCUAAGCAUGAAUUCUUUGGAGUGGCGAUGUUGGAAGCUGUGUAUUGUGGUUGUUACCCACUUUGUCCCAAAGACUUGGUUUAUCCUGAAAUAUUUCCAGCUGAAUAUCUGUAUUCUACACCUGAACAGCUUUCAAAAAGGCUCCAGAAUUUCUGCAAAAGACCUGAUAUUAUAAGGAAACAUCUCUAUAAGGGUGACAUGAAUCCUUUUUCGUGGGCAGCCCUACAUGGUAAAUUCAGGUCUCUGCUUACAACAGAACCAAAGGAAGAUUUGUGACAGAUGGGGCUAAGUCACAAACUUGCAGCCUAAGGCAGAAUCUGUAGAACUUUCCAGAGUGUGCCCAUAUUUACCUGAUCAGAGAGAACAGAAAAUCUGCAGAGGAAGCUGAGCCUGGCUGCUUGUCAUAGCUGACACAGAGCCAUCUGCCACAAACCUGUGGCGGCUUCAGAUCUCCAAUCCCUGCCACCACCCCAACUCAAAUUAAAUACAGAUUCCUAAAGACGUUAUGAUGGUUACACAUGUCCUCGGCAUCACAUGGAGGAGACUGUUCAAAAAAAAUAUGUGGCCUGUUGUAUAACCGCACUCAUGUAUCCCAUAUGUGGUGCCACAUUGAAUUUCCGGUGGAAUCCGUUUUUAUCCUUUGUACUGGAUGACAUGGUGCCUGAAUUCUUUCUCUUUGCCGACAUGAUGGCAGCCAAACUGCAGCUUCAAACACUCACACUUGGCUGGGUUUCUACCUGGGUUGCCAGGUUAUCACCGGAGCCGUCUUGUGCCCUCAGAGGACCACAGGGUCUGAAAGGAGGACCAGAAUGCUAUGGGACUAAUUGGGCAGCCAUCUCAGAAUUGUUUGUGGCGAAGGGCUGGUUUAGCACUUUCCUUUUAGCAAAUUCAUGACUCUCUGGCACAGGCAUUUUUAAGUGAAGGUAUUAAUAAGGGGUCUGGCAGGUAUUCCCAUGAUUCACAGAGUUACAUUUGCAUUUAAUUUAUCUUAAAGAAAGUUGCAAGAUAAACAGCUCUAAUUUGGACAAACAUGGGAAAUACCCUGAGUGGGGCCACCUUACCCAUAAAAUGAAUACUGAGAUACUUGUUUUUUUUCAUGGGUAAAAAUAGAGAAAUCAAAAUACUUCUAACAAAACCAGUACUUUUGAUAUAAGUAUUUCUUGAAAAUAUUUGGAUUCAGCUACAAAUGUAACAUUUUCAAGACAAAUCACUUACAUUCCAGUAGUCAUGCUGCUGUAUUUGUGGAUGUAAAGAUGUUUUGAACAGUUAGAUUGUAAAAUAAAUUUUUAAUAAAGUG